GAAGACGUGGAGACUCGCAGCAGGAAGAUCUUGUUCAAGGCUGUAAGAGAUUGGAGCAACAUCCGCUGCUUUAUAAUAGCAGGUGUGGCCGGGGCUCAGCAAGCGCAGGGCCAGUCGAGGCGUUUCACAACCAUGGAUGUUGAUGAGGAAGAGAACAUGAGUUCAUGCAGCACCGACGUAAAGGAAAACCGCAACCUGGACAACGUCUCUUCUAAGGAGGGAGCUGGCCUGGUGGAGCAGCUCCCCAACGGUAGUGGAGGAGGGGGUCGCAAGCGGCCCCUGGAGGAGGGCAACAAUGGCCACGCGCACUCCAAAUUCAGACCCAAGAAACGUAAGAAAAUGCCAGGGCCGGUUCUGCCCAAGAACGCCCUGAUGCAGCUGAACGAAAUCAAACCGGGUCUGCAGUACAAGAUGCUCUCGCAGACCGGCCCGGUCCAUGCACCGGUCUUCGUCAUGACUGUUGAGGUUAACGGUCAGUUGUUCGAGGGCUCGGGGCCUACGAAGAAAAAGGCCAAGUUGAACGCCGCCGAGAAGGCGCUGCGCUCCUUUGUGCAGUUCCCAAACGCGUCCGAGGCGCACCUGGCCAUGGGCCGUACGCUCACCGUCAACACGGAUUUCACCUCCGACCAGGCUGACUUCCCUGACAUGCUCUUCAACGGGUUUGAGACGCCGGCACCGAACGAGGAAAUGUUUUUUCUGGGCUCCAACGGCAACGGCUCCUUAAAACAGCUGGGAGAGUAUCCCGUGCCCCAGAUGCCAGGUACGAACAGCCUCAUGCAGGCGCCGCUGCCGCCGCCCUCCUCCUCGGCCAGCGGCAAAAACCCUGUCAUGAUUCUCAACGAGCUGCGGCCGGGCCUCAAAUACGAGUUUGUGUCGGAGAGCGGGGAGAGCCACGCUAAGAACUUUGUGAUGUCGGUGACUGUGGACUCGCAGACGUUUGAGGGCUCGGGCCGAAAUAAGAAACUUGCUAAAGCCCGGGCUGCCCAAGCGGCUCUGUCGGCACUCUUCAACAUGCAACUGGACCAGACCCCGUCCCGCCAACCCAUCCCGAGAGAGGGGCUACAGCUGCACCUGCCGCAGGUCCUUGCAGAUGCCGUUUCUCGUCUGGUAGUGGACAAAUUCAGCGAGCUCACUGACAACUUCACGUCUCCACAUGCACGACGGAAAGUUCUGGCUGGCGUCGUCAUAACAACAGGCACCGAUGUCAAGGACGCUCAGGUCAUCUGCGUCUCCACGGGAACCAAGUGUAUAAACGGCGAGUAUAUGAGCGACCGUGGGCUGGCGCUCAACGACUGUCACGCUGAAAUCAUCGCUCGCCGCUCUCUGAUCAGGUAUCUCUACAUGCAGCUGGAGCACUUCUUAAGUAACAAUAAAGAGGAGCACCAAAAGUCCAUAUUCACGCAGUGUGACAAGCGUGGCUUCCGGCUGAAAGACAACGUCCAGUUUCAUCUUUAUAUCAGCACAUCACCCUGUGGAGACGCCCGGAUCUUCUCUCCUCACGAGGCGGGUGUAGAGGACCAGGGAGACAGACACCCAAACAGGAAGGCAAGGGGCCAGCUGAGGACCAAGAUCGAGUCUGGAGAGGGAACCAUCCCUGUGCGCUCUAGUAACACCAUACAGACGUGGGACGGAGUCCUGCAGGGCGAGCGGCUGCUUACGAUGUCAUGCAGUGACAAAAUCGCGAGACAGUCACUGAUUAUAAUGGGUUCAAUAGUAGGCUAUUUUGUCGCACCGCUCACGUCCAGUACACUUAUCCUUUCUAAUUUAAUUAAAUUAGAAUUAAAAAGAAUCUUGUCAGUUAACGGUUCGUUUGCAGGAAUCAGUAACGCCGAGGCCCGGCAGCCGGGAAAGGCUCCUAACUUCAGUGUGAACUGGACGGUGGGAGAUCAGGCUCUAGAAGUCAUUAACGCCACCACAGGCAAGGAUGACAUGGGCAGAGCCUCACGUCUCUGUAAGCAUGCCCUAUACAGCCGCUGGGUGCGACUACACUCUAAGCUUUCGUCAACUCUCCGAAUCAAAGUGCCCAAGCCCAGCUCGUACCACGAAGCCAAACAAGCAGCGGUGGAGUACCAUACGGCCAAGCAAACGCUCAUCAAGGCCUUUCACAAAGCGGGUCUGGGUGCCUGGGUGAAAAAACCCAUAGAACAGGACCAGUUCUCGCUGAACUCUUGAAAAGGGAACAUAAAAAGACCAGGACAUGACAACAACCAGCUGUUAAUACUUCACUUGAUGUGUUGGGAUGUGUGUGUGUGUGAUGCUGUUUGUUUUUAGACAAACCAAGAGCCCUUUAGUGUCUGUCAUUUUGCUCUCUUUGUGUGAAUCAUGACUCUGCCUUUUUAAUUUGUAAUGUAGAAUCGGAUUUUCAUCUAACAUAUGUUUGUUUUGAAGUUAGCGGCAUUAGCCUUCAGCAGAUAACAGGACGUGAUGUCAUUUGUAACUGGAAAAAUUGUGUUUUUUUUGAGAGAGAGAGGGUUGUUCUGAAAAAACCUCGAUGCCGUAAACGUGCACGUUACUUGGCUUCAGGUCGACCACACCGCUGUGCACGGGUCUGAAGGUUUCCUGGUCCAGCCUACCCAAAUGCUGGCUCACCUUUUGAGCAUGGUUCUCCUUGAUAUGCAAAACAUAAGCAUAUUUAUAUUUUUUAUUCCAUUCCCUCUGGAUUUUAGAAGGGGAAGAAAUUCUAUCACAUAGAUCAUAACUAUACAGCAUGGUCCCUUUAGAUAGACAAACUUAUUUUGUCAGGACUUUAGUGUAGAAUUAGCGUACGCCGUCUUUCUAGUAAAAUAGAUUUCAGAUUUUAAUUUGACCUCGGAGGGAAACUUGAAUUUUUGCAUAUGGUUCCUACGUAAGCUGUAUUCCCAAACAGUGAUUUGAAUUGGAAAAUGGAGUAGUCUUAUGGAUGCAACCAAAGUGCAUUGAUGUUAUUAAACGAUGUGUCGUGGCUGUUGAGAUUUCUCAGAGGUCUUAAAUGCAUGUGCGAAUUACAUAAGGCACAAAGAAAGCCCUUUAUUCUGGGUUUAAUACUUUACUGGCCUAUAAUGGACCAUUUUAGAAGCCCUACUUUUAGGUGUCUACACUGUAUUGACUUUAAGCUGCAUGGAGUCCAUCGGAUCACUCCGAUCACCAAACAGCAGAUUUCCCAGUGAACCUGAUCUGCUAAUGUGAUCGAGUUACACAUAUGUUAAAGGAAUAGUUCAUCCAAUUAUGAAAAUUCGCUUCGCAUAGGGAAAAGACCAAACCUGGAAUCAUGAUCCAUUUGAAACGACAUGUAGGUGAGUCUAUUUCUGGAUGAGCUCUUCCUUCAACAUUCAUGCUGCAUUUAGUCACUGCAGGUUUGAGAGCAGGGCAUUGUGGGAGUUUUUCAAGAUGGCAGAAUGGUCUGUAAAAUGCACGUUUAUUAUUGACAAAAGCCAUCUCUGCAUGCGGAAGCGAGGGUUUGCAGAGGCGACUCUGACUUUCACUUUAUCCUUGCGACUUGUUUGAGGAUUUUUUUUAUUUCCUGCAUAGACCUGAAUGCCUACAUUCCUCCUCAGAGAUGCUUCUGUAAGACUGAAUUCAGCUGUGUCCUUGAGGAUGAGGUUUCCCCUCUGCAGACUUGUGCUGUAGUAAGGUCUGAGCCAGGAGCUCAGUUGCUCUUUGAUUUAUGACUUAUCCAGUGCAGCAUGUUUGACUGGUAAGGUUAUUGAGAGCUGAGAAGCAGAAGUAUUUCUAUACCGAUCAUUCAUUUUUAAAGUUUGGCUUUGGUGGUUUUCAGAUUCCAGGAGUGUUGCUGUAUAAUAUAAACUCCUGAUGGGAUUUAUAACAUUUCAGUCAUAAUUUUACACUUAAAAA